AUGGCACUACCUCAAGGCCAAGUUGACUGGUGUGAAGAAGACUCUAUCCAGCUCUUGGAACGCAUGGAAGAUAACCUAUCUGAUGAUGAUAACACAUUCAAAACAACCCAGUCAAAACUGGACUGGGAUAAAAUUGCUUUUAAAGACUUUUCUGGAGAGACAUGCAAACUGAAAUGGUUACAGAUUUCUAACAAUUUGAGAAAAUUUCAUACAUUGAAAGAAUUGGUCUUGGAUGCCAAGGAAUGUGUUGGAGAACCUUACAAAAGGAAAAGUUGCAAAAGACAUCCUGGCCUACCCAAGAAGCCUUUGACUGCUUACCUCAGAUUCUUCAAGGAGCAGAGACUCUGGUAUUCACAGAUGCACCCCACUCUGAGCAAUCAGGAACUGACCAAGGUGCUGUCUAAGAAAUACAAGGAACUUCCAAAGCAGGAAAAAAAGAAAUACAUUCAAGAUUUCCGGAGGGAGAAACAAGAGUUUGAGCAGAAAUUGACUCAGUUCAGAGAAGAGUAUCCUGAUCUAGCCCCAAACGGCGAGAGGAGGAGACGAGUCAAAGGCCAAAAGAAGGUUGAAGAAAAUGUACAAGAUAUGAAUUCUUUUCCUAAAAGUGGUUUGCCCCAUAAGGUAAUAUUUCAUGGAGAGCCCCCAAAACUCCCCAUGUAUGGAUAUUAUAAAUUCCAUCAGGAUUUGUGGUCAAGCGAGGAGUUACAAGAAGUGCCCCUGAGACAGCGCAGUGUGGAGAUCUGCAGGCGGUGGCAGAGAGUUCCCCAGAGCCAGAAGGAGCUCUAUGAGCAGGAAGCCAAGAACCUUCAGGCACAGUAUAGGAUAGAUCUGGAUCGCUGGCUUAGGACUCUUUCCCCUCAGGAAUAUGCCGCAUACAAAGAGAUAUCCUAUGCUAAACCUAAGUCCAUGACCAUGAAGGGAGACCAAAACACCAGCAUCAGUCUUCAAUCCCCAUCUGUAAGGGACAGAGUUGGAGAAGAGUUGGGACUGCAAGCUCCAGAGAUAGAAGAAUCAUCAGAAAACAGUGAUGAUGAUGAUUCGAAUGUCUGUGUGGAUUAG